CUUGCCUGCCAUGACGACGGAAAUCAUCUGGAGUGAUCAUCUGAAGAAGUAGAAUUCCAGAAAUCAGGCUAACCAGGGCUUCUAACGUCUUCUGGCAACAGCUCGUCAUUUUAAUUUUCAAUAAGCUAUAAUGUAUUGCAGGUACCAACGCAAAGUCCUCGGUAAUUUGUUUCUGCCGUGAAGUUCUCACUAAGCCAGCUCAAUUUCAAGGUUAUCCGCACACAAAAAAAAAAUAGAGAGAGAGAGAGAGAAACUUUUUCACUUGCAUCUACAGAAAAGCCCACCGAAGCAGCCAGGCUCUGACGGUUUACGGCUCCCGUCAGUACAACUUGAGUACCUUUCCCACCAAAGGGCUCCGAGUGAUCCAGCCAUAUUCUAGCGUCAUACACGGCUACCAACAUAACUUUCCGUAACUUCAUUUUCGCCCACCAGACUUUCGGAAGGAGGUCCGACUACGAUGCAUACCGAUCAAGGGCUCAACACUUCGUAACGUGUUCCGACCGGCCUGGUUUUGCAGCAACCGAGCUACAGACUUUGCAAUGUCGUGCGGCCACCAGCGCAAAUCUCUGUGAAUUCGCCCGACCAUUCAGAUCCCCGUAAAUCAACCGCUGCGAGCCCGUUUCUAAUGCCUCCCGGUCACGAGCCGAACUCUUCGUCGGGCGUGCCCUCGGCCAUCGAAGACGAGGACAUUCCCGAGGACUACGACUACGAGGAGUCGGCGUGGCGCUUCGACCUCGCCGACCUGGUCCCCACAGCGGCCGUGUACGGCGCCACCCUCCUGCUGGGCCUGGUGGGCAACCUGCUCAUCGUGUACACGGUGGCCCGGUUCCCGCGCAUGCGCUCCAUCUCCAACCUGUUCCUGGCGUCGCUCGCCUCGGCCGACCUGCUCAUCGUGCUGCUCUGCGUGCCGGUCAAGUUCGGCCAGCUCUUCUCGUACACGUGGACGCUGGGCGAGGUGGGAUGCAAGCUGCUGCUGUACGUGCAGCACGUGUCCAUGAUCUGCUCCGUGCUCAACCUCACCUUCCUCAGCAUCGAGAGGUACUACGCGGUGAUCCACCCGGUCCGCUCGCGAUACCUGUGCACCUUCAGCCAGGCACGACGGGUGAUCAUCUUCAUCUGGCUGGCCGCAUUCCUCACCGCACUGCCCAUUAUAUUCGUUCAGGUCCACGUGGAGAUGGGCCUUCGACGCCGCGCCUACUGGUGCAUGCGUGACGAAACCAGUCCCGGAGCGUGGCGCUCUUUCGAGAUCUACAUGCUCAUCCUGGUGCUGUGCAUACCCACCCUGGUCAUGGGCUACGCCUACGCCAAGAUAUGCGUCCAGCUGUGGAUGGUCGUUCGUGAACGGGCCCAUCUCACAUCCGGCAUGACUUGCACGGAAAUGUUGGAGAAAACGUCCGGGAGCAAUCACUGCUUUGGUGCCAACGGAAACAAAAGAAUCCUUGGAAAGCCGUCGCGAGCCGACGAAGACACGGUGAAGCAGGUGAUCAAGAUGCUCAUCCUGGUCGUCUGCCUCUUCGUGCUUUGCUGGGCCCCGAUCCUGAUUCUGAACGUGCUCACAGCCUUCGGCAGCGUGUCGGCACUGAACUACUCCUACCUGAAACCUCUGCGCACCUGCUUCCACCUGCUGUCGUACCUGAACAGCUGCGUGAACCCGCUCGUGUACGGCUUCAUGUCGCGCUCCUUUCGGGUCUCCUUCCGGGACGCCCUGUUCGGUUGCCUGCGCCAAGGCAGCGCCCCUCGGCGGGGAGCGACGUUCCGGAUGAGCAGGACGCACACCACCAGCGUGAGCAUGGGACGCUCGGGUACCUUCGUCACAUGACGUCAACCGCCGCAGCCUUGCGUCCGCUGUAUCCGCUGGUCCACGAACUGCGGUCCCGCUCUCGACGCCACGACGACGUCGAGUGCCGACGGCUAAAAAAAUGGUGAAUGCCCCAGCUGAACCAAGGGUCACCAGAGAAAGGAAAGAGAAGUGGUCGAUAUGUCGCAGAACAUCGACCGUUGAAGCCAUACGUGUUCUGCAUCCAUUCACCCAAUUGUUAUGGCAACAGGUGCUGACGGCUAACAUGAGGGCAUCUGAAUCAGACCAGAUGCCCUCAGUCCAACGAGUACGAAGUGUUCCAGGUGUGUUUCCUUCUGGAAAGAGAUUGGAGGCAGGUGGACAGAGCUGAGAUAUAAGACCGAAGGCAAAGAACACAGUCACCGACUCGCAAGAUCGAUGAACGAGAAGACAUCGCCAAAGAGACGAACCUGGGCGCUCGGAGUGUCCUGCUAGUGAGGGUCGUAUGACUAGGUGUGAUCCUUGGAACGUGAACAAGGAAUCACGUGGCACCGAGCGGCCACACGAUAUUGCUACGAGGAAGUCUCGCAGAGGAAGAACAGAGCCGCGGAUAGACGCGGAAAACCAUUUGUGUUGUUAAGCCUGUGUUACGUUAAGUGACAAGUGAAAUGCGCGCACAUCAUUAGGGCAUGUCCUCUAGAUGUUUCCGCAAUAAACAUGCCGUUUUGA